AUGAACGAUCUCUUCUCCGCCGGCUCCUUCAAGCAGUACACGGACCUGAAACGGCAGGCCCAGAUGGACGACAUGGAGGCGGGAGCAGCGACCGACGACCUGGACAAGUUCUUCGAGGAGGUGGAGAAGGUGAAGGAGGAUCUCCGCGGGCUGGAGGCCCUGCACCGGCGCCUGCAGGAAGCCAACGAGGAGAGUCGCACAGCCCACAACGCCGCCGCCAUGAAGGCACUCCGCUCCCGCAUGGACGGCGACACGCAGAAAGUCCUCCGGCAGGCCAAGCUGGUGAAGGCCAAGCUCGAGGCCCUCGACCGCUCUAACGCCGCUAGCCGCCGCCUACCCGGCUGUGGCGCCGGCUCCUCCGCCGACCGCACCCGCACCGCCGUGGUGUGCGGGCUGGGGAAGAAGCUCAAGGUCCUGAUGGACGAGUUCCAGGCCCUGCGGGGGAAGAUAUCGACGGAGUACGCGGACACUGUGCGGCUGCGCUACUACACGGUCACCGGCGGCCACGCCGACGAGGAGACGGUGGAGCGGCUCAUCUCCACGGGGGAGAGCGAGACGUUCAUGCAGAGGGCCAUACAGGAGCAGGGGCGGGGGCAGAUCCUGGACACCAUCACGGAGAUCCAGGAGCGGCACGAGUCGGUGCAGGACAUCGAGCGGAGCCUGCUGGAGCUGCACCAGGUGUUCCUGGACAUGGCGGCGCUGGUGGAGGCGCAGGGCCACCAGCUGAACGACAUCGAGAGCCACGUUGCCCACGCCAACUCCUUCGUUCGCAGGGGCACAGGCCAGCUCGAGACAGCCAAGGAGUACCAGAAGAGCUCCCGGAAGUGGACCUGCAUCGCCAUCGCCCUCGGCGCCGUACUCGUCCUUGUCCUUGUCGUCCCCAUCCUCUCCACCAUCACCAACCUCUCCAACAUGGCCUAG